CCGGACCCGCAGCAUUACCGGAAUCCCCCCCUACACACACACACACACACACACACACACACACACACACACACUCUUCCUUCUCAUCACAUCACGCAGCUCUAGAGAAAGUUUCCUGAUGGCCCUCGUCAUGGAACCUGUGAGCAAAUGGAGUCCCAGUCAAGUGGUGGACUGGAUGAAAGGACUGGAUGACUGUCUGCAGCAGUACAUUAAGAACUUUGAGCGAGAGAAAGUGGGAGGUGAUCAGCUGCUCCGCAUCACCCAUCAGGAGCUGGAGGAUCUGGGCGUGUCACGCAUCGGCCACCAGGAGCUGAUCCUCGAAGCGGUGGACCUGCUGUGUGCUCUGAAUUAUGGACUAGAGACGGAGAACCUGAAAACUCUGUCUCACAAGCUGAACGCCUCGGCGAAGAACCUGCAGAACUUCAUCACGGGCCGCAGACGCAGUGGACAUUACGACGGCCGGACCACGCGCAAACUUCCCAAUGACUUCCUGACGUCCGUCGUGGACCUGAUCGCCGCGGCCAAGAGUCUGCUGGCAUGGCUGGAUAGGUCCCCUUUUGCUGCAGUAACAGAUUAUUCAGUGACGAGGAACAACGUGAUCCAGCUGUGUCUCGAACUUACUACCAUCGUACAGCAGGACUGCACUGUUUAUGAGACGGAGAAUAAAAUCCUGCACGUGUGUAAGACUCUAUCCGGAGUGUGUGAUCACAUCAUCUCUCUAUCUUCGGACCCUGUGGUGUCUCAGUCGGCUCAUCUCGAGGUGGUCCAGCUGGCCAACAUCAAGCCCAGUGAGGGACUGGGCAUGUACAUCAAAUCCACAUACGACGGGCUUCACGUCAUUACCGGAACAACCGAGGGUUCUCCGGCAGAUCGCUGUAAGAAGAUCCAUGCAGGUGACGAGGUGAUCCAGGUGAACCAUCAGACAGUGGUGGGCUGGCAGUUGAAAAACUUGGUAAACUCCCUGCGUGGGGACCCUGGAGGGGUGACGCUGACUCUGAAAAAGCGCCCACAGAGCACGCUCACCUCAGCCCCGGCCCUGCUAAAGAACAUGAGGUGGAAGCCCCUGGCUCUUCAGCCUGUCGUUCCCAAGAGCCCCACCAGCAGCUCAGCCACACCCACAAGCACCAUCAGCACGCCCACCAAACGAGACACCGCCCUCCAUGACCUGUACAUCCCGCCCCCUCCUCCUGAACCCUACACACCAAGGGAUGAGCAGGGGAAUCUCACAAGUGAUGAUCGAGGUCAGGGGCUUCCUACAGCCAAAGGCUCUGAGUCUCCGAACUCCUUCCUGGAUCAGGAAUAUCGUCAUCGCUUCCCUCUGAUGGAGGAUGAAGCUGUGCUCUACUGCUACGAGUACGAGCCAGGCCGUGGAGCUCCGCCCUCUCGCAGAGACGCCACACCCACUUAUGGUCGUUUAAGGCCCAUCUCCAUGCCUGUGGAGUAUAAAUGGGUCCCAGACUAUGAAGAUCCAGCCAGACUGAAGAGAGAAGGCAGGAGAGAUAACUCCAUGCUUCGGUAUGUAAACGAAGAGAAGCUUCCAGAAGAAUAUCUGACCGGACGCAGCGCUAAGCGUGACACGGGCAAACGUGUGAAGAAGAAAAGCGAGAAGAGCAAUAGUCCCUCCCACUACGGCCUGCUGCCCGCCCUGCAGAUGGAGGUCCUGCGCCAGGAGUCCAUGUCCACCCCGAGCUCGGACUCCACCUCGCUGUACCAUACAUUCCAGGGAUCCUCCCUGCUAUCAAAGACCAAGAAGAAAAACAAAGGCAUGCCCCUGUCCUCCAUCAGCAAGAGGAGAAUUUCGUGCAAGGACCUGGGUCGAGGAGACUGCGAAGGCUGGCUCUGGAAGAAGAAGGAUGCCAAAAGCUACUUUUCCCAAAAGUGGAAGAAGUACUGGUUUGUCCUAAAGGAUGCCUGCCUCUACUGGUACAUGAACGAGGAGGAUGAGAAAGCUGAAGGGUUCGUCAGCCUCCCGGAGUUCAAAAUUGACCGUGCCAGCGAGUGCCGCAAGAAGUAUGCUUUCAAAGCGUGCCACCCCAAAAUCAAGAGUUUCUACUUUGCGGCUGAUGGAGUGGACGACAUGAACAGGUGGCUGAGUCGGCUAAACAUGGCGGCAGCCGGCUAUGCCGAGAGAGAGAAGAUCCGUCAGGAGCAAGCUGAUUACUGGAGUGAAAGUGAACACGAGGACAACGAAACCCCGUCUACGCCGAAGCAGGACAGUCCACCACCACCGUACGACACGUAUCCCCGCCCCCCCUCAAUGACCUGCGCAAGUCCGUACCCGGGGCCCAAGCACAGCAGGCUGUCGUCCACCGAAACCUCCCACUCGCGCUCAUCUCAUGAGGAGUACCGCUCCGAUCCUCCGGGUGGAGGGGGAAGCAGCAGCGGUGGCGGUUCUCCGGCCCGUAAGUCGGCGAGUCAUCGGCGUUCGUGGCAGGACCUGAUCGAGACGCCGCUCACCAGCUCGGGCCUGCACUACCUACAGACGCUUCCACUGGAGGACGCUGUGUUUGUUGAGCCGGGCAACGGGAUGUCCCCCGAGCGCCGCCGCCAGUCCACGCUGCCCGCCCAGCGCACGCUCCUGCAGGAGCACUAUGGACCCUUCGACAUGCCCGAGGGCGAGCGACUGCGAGACCCUGUGGCCGGUGGAGGGAAACCCCGCAGCUUCACACUGCCACGCGAUAGCGGCCUGCAUGCGCUCCUCUCGCCCUCCACUAGCAUGGCCGAGCAUCGUGAUCCUCCACACAGAGCUUCUCCAGGGCGUGUCAGGGUGAUGGAUGAGGCACCUGAAAGUGCUGAGAGAAACGAUCACAGCUCCGGCUCGACUGUAUCAGCGUGGGAGGGAUGUAGUGGGCUUUUUUAUUUUUGGCUAAACACUAAAUGAUGAGUGUGUUAGUCAGCGUCAGGUCAGUUUGAAUUGAUCUGGAAUGCACUUAUUUAUUUGUUUAUUAUUAUUUUUAUUUGAAUCCAUUUGUUUGUUUGUUUGUUUGUUUGUUAGAGCUUACGCUUCAGAUCUUCUGUACAAAUAUCUUUGAGUAAAACAAUAUCGAUCCGAGAGGCUUUCAGUAAUAUUUCUCAGUGUUGUGACUGUUUCUGGCUUCUUUUUUAAAAAUUUUUAUAAAGCUAUCCAGACCAUCACCUUUGGGGUUUUUUUAAAUAAAGGGUUUUUUUUUAAAAAAUAAUAAAACCCUGUAUAUUGUAUUUUCAUUACAAACUGCAUCAUAAAGCAAAAUGUUUGAGGCUUAGCAACAUCCGAUCUUUAUCAGGAGAUUAGGAGAUAUCGCUGUGUUACCGUAACAGACUGUCUAAAAACAGAGCUCUGUGAUUGGCUGUUUGAAAUGUCAAGAGUAAGAGUAGCUGGUUCUUGAUUCUUGUUUGAGAGGAGAAGAUCAGAAAUCAGACCUUCUAGCAAGAGCUCUUUAUCGCUUGUGGUAAUAUCGAACUCUGUGUAAUAGAGAUCUGAGUUUAUGUAUUUUUUUGUGUGUGUUUUGUGAGAAACACACACAUAAACAUUUCUACAUAUCAUGCUUUAAUAUUUUGAACGUUAUACCGCUAACAGCGCAGUGAUUGGUUAGUUUAUGCCGAUGCAGUCCUCAUUUCACUUCUGAUUGUGACGUGUGUGUGUGUUUGUGUUCUUUAUGUGUG